ACCGAUCUAUUGACAAAAUCUGUCAAAAAUCAGCUGUCCGUUGUAAGGUUAUUUUUAAAAAUAAAAUAAAAAAAAUUUCACAUCCAAAACAGUAACGAGUUCGGCAUAUAAAUUCCGCACCAGACCGGAGAGGUGUCAAUGAAAUUAUAUAAUAUGUGGAGUUGCUUGUAAAUUCACAAUCGAGUAGUGUGUGUCACAAUAAUAGAGGUGAACAUAUAAACAGAAUAAUGGGGCUGCUAGUAUAUUUGGUUGCAUUUGCACACAUGAUUUACACCCCUUUCACAAAAGUGGAAGAGAGUUUUAACAUGCAAGCAAUGCACGAUAUUCUUUAUCAUCGCACCAACAUAUCGAUGUACGAUCAUCACGAAUAUCCGGGUGUAGUUCCGCGAACAUUUUUAGGCCCGUUGGUCAUUUCAGCUUUUGCGUCCCCGAUCGUGUUGGUAUUCGAAAUGCUCGAUGUACGAAAAUUCUGGACACAAUACAUUGGUAAACGCGACCGACCGCUGAGGAUGAUUCUAGCUGGAUGCGUCAUUUACUCCUGGUCAAAGUUGAGGAGAACGCUUCAGUUGAAGUUUGGAGCUUAUGUGUCCAUUUGGUAUACACUCAUCACAAUAUCGCAGUUUCAUUUCAUGUUUUAUGCGAGCAGACCGUUGCCGAACAUAAUGGCACUACCAUUCGUGCUGUUAGCCGUAAACUAUUGGCUCCAGAACAACGGUUUCCGUUUCAUAAUAUUAUCCGGAACGGCGAUUCUGAUAUUUAGAGGCGAAUUGGUUCUGUUGCUGGGACUGUACCUACUAUACAGCAUCUACUAUCAGCAAAUGACAAUCGGCCGGCUCUUAAAGAUCGGCAUUCCUGCUGGAAUCAUCUUACUAACACUUACCGUCACAGUCGAUUCAAUAUUUUGGCAACGUCCUCUCUGGCCUGAAGGCGAAGUACUGUGGUUCAAUACGAUCAAAAACAAGAGUUCCGAAUGGGGUACGUCACCAUUUCUUUGGUACUUCUACUCAGCAUUACCGCGAGCGAUGGGACUAUCGUACCUACUCGUUCCCGUUGGAAUUUACGUUGAGUCACGCGUCCGAGCCACAGUAAUUCCGGCUAUUGUUUUCGUACUGUUGUAUUCAAUAUUGCCGCACAAAGAACUACGAUUCAUCAUCUAUGUUUUACCCCUGUUGAACGUGGCGGUAGCAUGUGCAUGUCAUCGAAUGUGGAUCAGUAGAUCCAAAUCAAUAUUGCAUCGCUUGGUCGGUUGCGUUGCCGGUGGACAUUUGUGUUUCAAUGUGAUCUUAUCGAUGUUUUUGCUGCUAAUAUCGGGAACGAAUUAUCCUGGCGGUGUAGCUAUGUCAAGGCUACAUCGAAUCGGUGCGAAUGAACAGAAUGUAUCCGUGCACAUAUGUAAUUUGGCAGCGCAGAGUGGAAUAUCAAGAUUUACGGAAAUCAAUCAGAAUUGGACAUACAGCAAAGACGAGCACAUAAAGCCGGGAAAUCCCAUUCUGCACAACUUUGACUAUUUGCUGUUCGAACCGAAGAGCCGAUAUCUGGAUGAAAUGAAAUUGCUGCACGAGACACACGACGACGUCGAAUUUAUUGAUUGCUUCAACAGCAUCGGACUACAAUACCAAUUCUUUCCGGUCAAAAUAAAGACCCGGCCCUGCAUUGGGCUCAUGAAAAAGAAGAAAACGAUUCCCGCACAAUUUAUGUCCGCCGAUCGACUCGAUGCUGUGCUAUCUUCCACCGAGAGCGGUUUGAAUUCGGAUGAAUUGAUUGAGGAUUUAAGAGAGUCAAUACUGCUGGAUCCACCCACUUACAUCGAAGAGGACAUUGACAUCAUCAGGGAACUGACGAUCGAUGCAGACGACGCGAACGAAUUGCCCCCAUCAUUUGAUGCCUUUAACAUUUCGCCGGAUUUGGCGAAGCCCAUGCAGUCAAACACUAAAACCAAAUUGAAGAGACUGAUAGAGUCACAUUUUCGGUCGAAAGGAUCGAUUAUCGAAUCGGACAGAGAUGUGACCGACGAAUACCUAACGGAUACGAACAAAGAAUUUGAUUCUCGUUUCCAGCCGUCCCACCCAAGUGCCAAAGCGAAUAUUAAACGAAUUAUUAAAGCGGAACAGAUCAAGGAGCUGGUCGACAGCAUUUCGAAAUUGGAUCUGAAUGCCGUUUGUGAUUUGGAACAUUUAGGUACGAAAGAGUGUUUGAAGAAGAUUAUUGACGAUUACGAUGUUUGAGUGAAUUGUAAUUCGGCCUGGACAUGGACGAAAUGAUGAUAAACACAAUGAACACAACGUUGCUGCUCCUAUUUUUUUUUGGUAACUGUGUUUUGUGAUUCAAUUUGUUGUAAGUUUUGCGACGGAAUAAAUGUUUUACUACUUUGA